AGAGGGCGCCCAGUUUGCCAGGUGCUGCCGCCGCGUCGAGUUCGGCGCUAUAGCUAACUAAAUAACGCAGUGUUGUACUGUACAUUUAGAACGUUCACAAUGGCUGCCGCGAAAGACACGUCUACUUUCUUUCUGGAGGCAGAUGCAAAACAAUUUGACACUAUUUUGAAGUUAUACCCACAAGCGAUUAAACUAAAAGCUGAACAGAAAACAAAGAAACCAGAGGAGCUCAUUAAAUUAGACAACUGGUACCAGAAUGAAUUACCAAAGAAGAUCAAGUCGAGGGGCAAGGAUGCGCACAUGAUACAUGAAGAGCUGGUGCAGCUCAUGAAAUGGAAACAAGCGAGAGGGAGGUUUUAUCCACAACUAUCAUAUCUGAUAAAAGUGAACACACCACGAGCUGUGAUGGCCGAGACAAAGAAAGCAUUCCGUAAACUGCCCAACAUCGAAUCAGCUAUGACGGCACUCAGCAACUUAAAAGGAGUAGGCACGGCCACAGCAUCAGCACUACUAGCAGCGGCAAGCCCAGAAAUAGCACCUUUCAUGGCUGAUGAAUGCCUACAAGCUAUCCCUGAGAUGGAGGGGAGCGACUACACUGCCAAGGAAUACCUCAAUUUUGUUACACAUAUACAGAGCGUCUGUGAUAGGUUAAAUAAGGAGACAAACGGCUGUGGUACAAAAUGGUCCCCACACAUGGUUGAGUUGGCGAUAUGGACUCACAACAUCGUGUCAGACCUACGGCCAGAACUACUUGGAAAGUCCCCUAGCUCGACGCCUGCACCUACAAAUGGAGGCUCACCACUGCCCAGCGACGAAAGUAAUCUUGAACCACCCACCAAUGGCAAUGGCAAGCUAGCAGCCGACUCGGAGCACCUGGACACGCCGACGUCGUGCACGGAGGACUCGCUGGACGCCAAGCCCGCCACGCCCGCCUCGCCCAGCGACAACUCCGACUCGGCCUUCAGCACGCCGAGCGCCAAACGGCAACUAGAGGAGGCGAGUUCGGCGGAGGAGAACUCUCUCGGAGACUCGCUAGACGCGCCGCCCGUGGCCAAGAAGCUGCGAGAAGCCACCCACUGACACGCGCAUCCCACCAAACCCCCGUGCGCCUAUAAAUAACUUUCUAGACUAAGCUAUUGUACCUAGGUAAUUUAUUUUGAAUUCCGUUUAAUUUUAACUUAGCCCUAAGUUUAAGAUUACCGGUCGGUUUUGUAAGUUUUAUAGGGUAUUGAUAUUUUGGAUGCGUAUCGACGGACUAUGCCGGGCGCACUCAGUGUACUGCGACGCGAGUGUACGGCGGCUCGACUCAAGCCUAGUGUUAGGUUUUGUUUUGUAAUAAUUUUAAUGUUUGAACGUUCGCAUCCCGCGUGACAUUCCAAUAAUUGUAACAAGUACGUUUAGGCGGCCGCAGCCGCUACCGGACCAGAUGCCUUGACGACAACUCACCAUUGCCUUAUGACACAGUCUGCCCGCAGAGUUUAUAUGCAACAAGAUAAUACAAAGGACGUGUUACCCGGGCGCCGGGUGUUACACGGGCCCACAAUGUAGUUUUUAUUGAACAAAUAUAAAAUAUUAAUUUUAUAA